GUUGCUUAUUUGAAGUCACUUCUGAGUACACUUAAGUAGCAUGAUACGAUCCUAUGUAUGUAAACUUAGUGGUACUUUGCUCCGCAAUAAAAAGGCACGGAAGGGUACAAAACCAGACUCCAAAGGCCUCAAGAAUACCCAUCGCUUUGCCGCUCUAGCGCCCACAGACGUGCAACUCUCUGGUUCCAGCCUGUGGUUAGUCUAGACCAUGGGAAAAGAGAAACUCUAUUGUUAUCAGGCGGUAGCCAACUCUAGCACUGGCCUCCGGCGCACUCUAUAGUCACAACCCGCCCACCAAGAGCAACCGCAGAGUAGCGUCCCCCUGGCGGGGAUUAGUUUGGUAAUGCUGACAAGUACCGGUGGGUCUGGUUUCUUGAGGUGUUAGGGCAAUUCCCUCUGGGCAACGCGAAAUCGAGGUGAAGCCCGGAAAGCCUCUGAGACUGAUUAUGGAUGAGGUGCCCAAAACCAGUAAUAACAAUUCAUCAACAUCUCCACAAAUAGCAUCUUUACAAGGUACCACUCUACAGGAAGCUCAACUUUCUCAUGUUUCUCAACAGAUGUCUCUUAGAGGUCCAGCUCCACUAACAGUGGUACAUCUGUCUGGAGAUCAGGUCCAGGGAGUCAUUCAUACAGCUCAGACCUCCACUGUGAUUCAUUCCCCACAAGGACAAUCAAUACAGGUAUCAUUAUCAGAGAAUGAGGAUUCACAAGAUUCUUCAGAUAGCAUGGACUCUUCCCAGAAAGCAAGAGGUCUGUUAGCACGCCGUCCAUCUUAUAGAAAAAUUUUGAAUGACCUUUCUUCUGAAGAUACAAGGGAUAGGAAAGGAGAUGAAUCAAAUGCUGUUGUCACUUCAAUGCCUGUCACAACACCUGUUUAUCAGACCAGCACUGGUCAAUAUAUUGCCAUUGCCCCAAAUGGACCGUUACAGUUGAGCAGUCCAAGUGCGGAGAGUGUGCAGGGCUUACAGACGUUUACAAAUGCUACUGGGACUCCACUAUUACAGUAUGUGCAGACAUCUGAUGGCCAGCAGAUACUUGUACCAAGUAAUCAGGUAGUGGUGCAAACUGCAUCUGGGGAUAUGCAGGCCUACCAGUUACGCAGAACACCAACCACCACUUCCCUUCCACAAACAGUUGUGAUGACAACUCCUGUGUCCUUGACAUCUCAGUCAACCAAAACAGAUGAUCCCCAACUAAAACGAGAAAUAAGGCUGAUGAAAAAUAGAGAAGCCGCUCGAGAAUGCCGUAGAAAAAAGAAAGAGUAUGUUAAAUGCCUUGAAAAUCGAGUUGCUGUCCUUGAAAACCAGAACAAAACUUUAAUCGAAGAACUAAAAACUUUAAAAGAUCUUUAUUGCCAUAAAAGUGUGUAAGAAAAGAAGGUAGAAGCUUUUCUGCAAAUAUCAGGGGGAUUUGAUUUUUUUAAAGAUUAAAAUGAAAGGUCAAAAAUCUCUGUUCAAAUUCUACAACUUAAAGACUCUUAAAAUAUUAUUUGAAAUUCUUGCGUGGCAGAGUACUAAAAGGAAGCAUGAAAUUGUGUGAAGCCAUUCCUCUGGCACAACUGGAAUCAUGAUUAAAUCAGGCUAUAUGGACGUGUACCUUCUAUCAAUUGAACAAUUGGAUUCAUGAGCUGUAGUUUAAUUUUAAAUGCUUGUUAACUUUUGAUUGCAGUUAAAUUGCAGAUAAACUAAAAUUGCCAUCAGCUGUAAAUGUCUGUUAACAUAUUUAAUCAGAACAUAUUCAUGUUUAUUCUUUAACCCAUCAUACUAGACCUGUGCAUGUAAAUUUACAAGCAAUGGACUGCAUAUCUUGCAAUGAGCAUUCAUUCGGAGUCCAUAAGCUCCAAAUCCAUGCAUUCAGAGUUUCCAGUUGUGUGGUUUCUAUUUACUUUUGUCAUAUUAGUGUACGAGGUCACCUUUGUAUUUUUUGUAUAUCUGGAACAGUCCUCAUAUAAGAAGGCUUUUCAGUUUUGUAUACAUAUUUUUUCCUUCAGAUUGGAAAUUCUAAGCUGCACUAAUUUGUUGAGACCAUAGAGAUGAUUUUGAAGGGAGACAAUUUAAAUGUUUUAAUGUGCUGUUUAUCAGUAUUGAUAAAAGCAAUGGAUUCCUUGUGAUUGGAGGCACCUGAAGACAUGAAAUAUAUACCAAUCACAGUUAUUACAAUGUUCGCUGUUUUAUACAACUGAACAAAUUCUACUGGAGAAUACCUUAACUUUUUUUGCCUACGCAUUUAAUCACAGGUAAGAAAAAUGUCUGAAAAAUGAAUUCAAGUGAAUGUGCAUCAUGUAUGCUAUUUGAAGACCCCGUUCCUGGCAUACAAUGACUGAACAAAUGCCAAGAUCCUUAGCUCUGCCCAUUUUAUACCACAGACAAACUAAAAUUACAAACCAAAGAUAAUGCACACAGAGAAACAUUGAAGUACUUAAUUUCAAGACUCUAUUUGUAAACCUAAUAGUAAUUUGUUAAAAUAAUUCUGAUUUUUAUAAAGAAUUAAUCCAGCUGAAAUUGAUCUCAGAUAUAUUUUUAUAGUUAAAAUAUUUACCUUUUAUAUGGGUAUUUUAGAUAUGUACAAUUUCAGAAAGCAGAUAUUUUUAUCUCAGAUUGUCAACUUUAUAUUUGUAGAAUAUUUUGAGAAACUAAAGCCUAUUUCUGUGUAUUUCAUCUGGUAGGGAUUAACAAAAAUAUUCUUGAAUAUCUUGGGGUGGGGGAAAGAUUCCUUUUGUUCAUAGAAAAAUGCAUGGAUCUUUUCAAUAUGAAGAUGCUGUCAGGGAUAAUUGUGUUACUUUGCUUUCUUAUUUUCAAGAAAUGUUAAAGACUUAUUUUGCAUACCUAGUGAAUGUUAAGCCAACAGUUGUUGCCACAAUACUUUAUCAUUCCAAUGAUAUCCUUUAAAAUUAUGCCAUUAAAUGCAUUUCAAUCUGUAUUUUAGGCCAAGAAGAUGCUAUUAUUAUAAUACUGCUGAAUAUGUUAAAAUUCUGGGCAAUUUUGAGAUUAUCACGAUAUAGCAUUCCAUAGAAAAUGCCAUGAAAUCAUUCCUUCUGCUACCAGCAGCCCCAUGCAUUAGAGAACAGAACAGCAGAAUAUUUCAAUACAGCCAUGGAAUUAUGUAGAAAAUUGUUAAUAAACUUUAAAACGAAAAUGAUAGUGCCUUUCUCUCCCAAAACUGUUAGCUUCCAAGAGCUGAAGAAGAAAAGAAGCUGCAUGGAUUUCUGCAGUUUUGGGGUAAACAUAUCAAAAAAUGUGUACCUGUACAAUAGGCUUGACACAUCUGAUGUAAACUCACCCAGCAAAGAACAACAACUUGAAAUGGGAAGCCCUUAAAAAAAAAAAGGUUCCUAUCUUUGAAAAUAAGCCAUAUGCUUCUCUUGGUUCUGUUCUCUUUUUAAAGACUUAAGGGGGGGAGGGGGCUACUUUCCACUUUUUAUUGCCUAAAUUGGGCAUAGGCAAUUUAAUGCUUACCAGGUAUACUGGACUGAAGUUCACAUUAUUCUAACCUGAUAUGAUGGACAAAAAGGAUUGUGAGAAGUUGUGAUCCAUGAACCUGGAGGACAAGUUGCCUAUCUCUGUACUUAAAAUAUUUUGAAAAAAGAAAUUGGAUUCUGGGAAUGGAUAUCUUUGGAAGCUCCUCUUCAGGGCUCCCACUUUCUGUAGGUACAAGCAGAGCUAGGUAAGUCUCAGCAGCCAAUGUUAUGUGGUGACGUAACAUAGAGGGCUGAAAUGUUCAGGGUGAAAUGUAGCCAAAGCUAUUAGUUUUGCACCAGAGCUCCACAGUUAUGGACUGUGGAGAGAAGGGUAUAUAUAUAUAUAUAUAUGCACAUGAACUUUUCCAAUUAUUUAUCCUCACCUGAAUGUUGAACUCUUUAAAAAAAAUGCCUAUGAUAUAUAUCUACAAAAACUUUUAAUAAAUAAAACUUAUCA